AUGCUAGAUAACAGUUUAAAUAAUUAUAUUAUAGAUGCGGUAGGAGAACUGAUCAAAUGUGUAGGAUUAGGGCCAUGUGAACGAUCUGAUCGCGUGACGGAAGGUAAAAGUGCACAUUUACUUCUUUUAUCUGGCGUAUUUCGCGGUGGAUACGAAGUUUUGGCAAAAGCACGGCUUGUACUGGACUCAGUUGACAGAACUGUUACAAUGAAUUUUAUUGUCAGAUCUGACGAUUCGACAGUAAGUGAAAUUAUAGGAAGUGCAGUAGCCUGA